AUGUGGAAACAAAACAUUUCCAAUAUUAAUGAGUUCGUUCUGGUGGGCUUCCCUACUGCCCCUUGGCUGCAGGACUUGCUCUUCUUCAUCUUCCUCAUCACCUACAUAUUUGUGCUGUUGGAGAAUUUGGUCAUCAUCCUCGCUGUGUGGGUCACUGGGUCCCUGCACAAGCCCAUGUACUAUUUCCUAAGUACCAUGUCCUUUCUGGAGGCCUGUUACAUCACUGUCACAGUCCCCAAGAUGCUGGCUGGAUUUUUAUUUCACCCUAAUACCAUCUCCUUCCUGGGCUGCAUGACUCAGCUUUAUUUCUUCAUCUCGUUUGCCUGUACUGAAUGUGUGCUUUUGGCUUCCAUGGCCUAUGACCGGUAUGUGGCCAUAUGCUGCCCUCUUCGUUAUCCAGUUAUGAUGACCACAGGGUUCUGUGUUCAGCUGACCAUCAGUUCCUGGAUAAGUGGCUUCACAAUCUCCAUGGCCAAGGUAUACUUCAUAUCCCAAGUUGUGUUUUGUGGCAACAAUAUCUUGAACCAUUUUUUCUGUGAUGUGUCUCCCAUCCUCAAACUGGCCUGCAUGGACUUUUCCAUGGCUGAAAUGGUAGACUUUGCACUAGCCAUCGUCAUCCUUGUCUUUCCUCUCUCAGCCACUGUACUCUCCUACGCUUUCAUUGUCUCUACCAUCCUGCAUAUACCCUCAGCCACUGGUCAGCGGAAGGCUUUCUCCACCUGUGCGUCUCACCUAACCGUGGUGGUUAUCUUCUACACAGCUGUAAUCUUCAUGUAUGUCAGACCCAGAGCCAUUGCCUCAUUCAAUUCCAAUAAAUUGAUUUCAGCCAUAUAUGCAGUAUUUACUCCCAUGCUUAACCCUAUCAUCUACUGCCUAAGGAACAAGGAAGUCAAGGACGCCAUCAGAAAGACCAUGACGAGUGGGAGAGCAAUGUUCUUGGGAGAUUCUAUUUGCUGA